AUGGUUGAUUAUCUUCAAAAGAUGAAAACUAUAGCAGACAAUCUAGCUGUUGCAUCUCAGCCUCUCAAUGAAGAUGAUUUGAUCCUUCAUAUCCUUGGUGGCUUAGGUUCUGAUUAUGAUGCUUUAGUUGUCUCAGUUACAUUCAGAACUGAGCCUAUUACGCUUACUGACCUUAACGGUCUGUUAUUGAGUCAUGAGUAUCGGUUGGAACAAGCUACUGUUAUUGAUCAAGCCUUUACACAGGUUAAUCUCACCACCAAAUCCUCUGGUCAUAACCCUAGUCGGAACAAGCAUGAGAAUAAAAGGAACUACUCCACCAAUCAGUACCAAUCAGGCACAUAUGUUGCACAACCUUUGACUGUAGUAGAUCCUCUUUGGUAUCCUGAUUCUGGCACCACAAACCAUCUUACAAACGAUCUGAACAAUAUGAACAUUAUGGGUGAAUAUUCUGGAUUUGAACAAAUGCAUAUUGGCAUGGUACAGGAACUGACAACGAGGAAGGUUCUACUACAAGGGCGCCUUGAGCAUGGACUCUACACGUUGUGUUCUGCCCGCUUCCAGUCUAACCGAGGUUCUUCUCAACAUCAAGCCCUCCUUGUAUCAAAGUCGUCUGUUGAUUUGUGGCAUAGUCGUCUAGGUCAUCCUUCAAUAAGAGUUGUAAACAAGUAG